UGCCGACUGGAAAGUACAAGCUCACCCCUUUAUAAAGCGCACCGCAUCAGUGAGGUGAUCAACUUCGAGGCACAUCUGAUCAUCAAUCAACAUGAAGCCCUUCUGCACCUUCGUCGCCUGCCUUGUGCUCUUCGCUUGCUGCUCACUGGCUCGCAGUGAAUUCAGCCAGGGUCCAGACAAGUGCUGCUUUUCUUUUUCCAAUGUGAAAAUCCCACUGAAGCAGGUUGAGAGUUAUCAUACCACACAUCUUGAAUGCCACAGGAGCGGUAUCAUUAUCAUCACCAAAGCUCAAAGAGAGAUCUGCGCUGACACGUCAGAGAGAUGGGUUCAGAGACUGAUGAACCUGGUGGAUAAUCGAACCAUGAAGGAGAUUUCUCAGAGCAGCUCUGGGGACAGCGAAUAAGACGUGAACCGCUCUUCCCUUUUUAAACUACUGAAAACAAAAAUAAAAUUCAAACUGAUUUUAAGCUGAUUUUAUUUAAAAGUAAUAAUAUGUAUCCAGCUGCUUAUUGCUGUUGAUCAAUUAAAAAGACUGUGACAUAUAUUCAGACAUAUUCAAAGCGUGGAACUGUAAUCUAAACAUGUAAUCUCUUUAUUUUUUUAUUUCUAUAUGCAAAAUAAAGAUUAUAGAAAGACA